UCUCUGGAACAGGGCGGGGAGAACAGUCGCCGAAUUGCCACUACGACAUCGACGCGUAUUUUUGACGAAACAUUCGUCUUCGUGAAUAGAACGCGGGUGAUAUUGCGAAAUAAUCGUGUGUUUCUGUGUUAAUUUAUGCUGUUUGUGUUAUGAUUUGUGCAAAAUGGUGAUUUAGUGGUGUUUAACGUGCAAGGACUUUAGGGUAAGAAUGUCUAGCAGUUGACAUGUUUAUCUGUGUCGUGUGUGAAGAUUUUCCCUUCGCGUGAGGAGGUGGUGUGCGUUAGUGUGCGCGGCGGCGGCUAGUGUGCGUGCCGUGGCCGUGGUUACGCGAGGAUCCAAUGAUGGAUUGCAUUUCCUGGGAUGUAUAGGAUGUGAACAUCAACAUCGUUCAAUGAAUAACAAAUCUAAUAUAGCGGACAAUGCGGUCACAAACUGCAAAACCCUUACCGAAGAAGGGAGCUUUAGGCAAGACGUCGUUUAAAACGGCUAAGCAAGUAAGAAAGCGUGCAAUUGCACCGAAGAAAGUUAAAGCCUCUCCAAAAUCUGGGAUAAAGAGCCCUAAAAAGGUUUCUGGUGAUAAUGCGGCUACAAGUAAAGUUGAUGGAGAUGCUGCAGCCAAAGAAAAAAGUAGUUCGACAACAGAAGCUGCUAAAGUGGAAUCAUCUAAGCCCAAUGCAUCGAGAGAAAAUUCUCCUUCCAAAAAAUGUAAAAAAGAAUCCAAAGAGACAAAAGACAAGGCGAAAACUUCGCCAAAGAAAGUUGUUUCUAAAAGACCAGUUCAAUUAACCAAGAAAAUGAAACCUUCUCCUAAGUUAAAAAAUGAUGAAAAAGACAGUGAUGACGUAAAGUACAAAAUAAACUUAGAUGCAAUUAAAAAAGGUUCGGUGAAAAUUCCUAAAUUAAAAUCGAACCCAAAAAAAGCCAAUCCAAGCCAAAGGAAAAAAGUAACUCCUUUAAGCAAAGAAAGUGACCAAGAAAAGCAGAAACAACUUAAAAAUGAUAAUAUUAGUAAUUUGGAGCAAAUAAACAAAGAUAACAAAAAUGAUUCUAAAAUAAUAGUACAUGAAAAUCCUCGUUUGCCAAAUGAAACAAAGAGUGAAAAGAAGGAAGAAAACAUCCUAAAUGAAAAACCAGACCAACCAAAAAUUAUAGAAUCACUAACGAAAAGUGUUCCAGUUACUAAUAUAUCUAACAAUCCUACAGAAAUGCCUAAAAUUGAAACUGAGCGACCACCUAAGUUCUUUACCUCGAGUAGGUCACCAAGAACUGUCGACAUAGACGUAAAAUGUUGCAAAAAUUCCAAAGGGAACUUAAGUGUUUCUGAAAGAUUUCUAUCAAUGAAGUGUGAAACUAAAACUGACGAUAGCAGUAAAGAAAAGAGUGCUUCAAAUAACCUAAUAUCUCAAGGCCCUGAUAUUGACGUUUAUACUUUUUCAGAAAAAGUGGAUUCACCGAAAAGUAUUCUGUCUGAUUUCAGAACUCCCGUUACUAAAAAUAUCGGUCGAGUGCGACCUAUAGCAAGGGUGAAAGGUACUGUUAUAGAUAAAAAAUCAGAUUCGGAAAGAAAAAAGUUUUCCCCUCAUAGGCCUAUUGAAGAAGUUGUAAAACAGUUAAAAGCUAAUAAGCGUUCUGAAGAUUUAAUUACAAGCCAGACUACUGGUAAUUAUGUAACUACUGGUUUAGAUUUUGGAAUAUUCGACAGUGAAAAGCAGAUGGAAGAAAAACCUCCAAUAGUUAGCAAAUCAUACAAAAUGGUAGCAAGAAAAUCAAGUAUUACCGGCCAACCUUUUAGUCCAAUCAAAUUUCCUGAUCGAGAAGAAUCUCCACCAAAAGAAAUUUGUAGUCCAGUAAAAACCAGUAAUGUUAAGAAAACUGUAAGUAAAUCUAAAAAACAACAGAAAAAACGUUCACUAUCAGAUGAUGAACUUAACACUUCUACCUUCUCUCUUAACACUAAAACGUUCCAUUACACUUCCUCUGAAGAAAGUGUCAGUGAAUCAAAUGAUGAUAACGAUAAUAAAGAAUCUUCUGAAUCAGAUAAAUGCAAGAAUAAAAAAACAAAGAAUAAAAAAUACAAGAGAAUCACAGACACCGCUAAAAAGUCAACUUCAAAAGAACUGAAAGAGCUUUCUAAAGAUUCCUUAAUUGAUUUGAAAGAUACAUCCGCAUUAAUAGGAAACGAAAAGCCUAGUAAGAGAAGACUUAAGUUGUUAUCAAUGUGGUCAGGUCCUAAGAAACAUAGAAUGGCAUCAUUAAAUGCUUUAGCGAAAGUACAUUGUUUAUACGAAAAUGAAAGUAGAACUCAUUUGGAAUUAGGGCUUAUGAAAACAGUUGAUAGACAAGUAAUUCCAAGUACGUCGAAGGUGAACUUGUCCCCUAAAAAGAAAGAAAAUAAAUCUAAAGAUAGUGAAAAACUAGAAAGUACGUCUGAAUCGGAGUAUGAAAAUAAAAGAGAAAAAGAGAAAGACAGUUCAGAUAGUUCUGAUGAUAGUAUACCUCAAAGGACUUUACGUGGUGUUCCUGGAAUAAGAAGUGCGGGAAAAUACUGGGACCCUAAAUCUUCUACUUCCUCAAGUGAAGAUAGCGAAUUAGAGUCUAGAACUAAGAAAAGCACUACAGAAAAAAAGAAGACCACUCCCAAAUUGUCAUCUUCAUCAAAUAAAUCAGAUUCCGAUAAGCCCCCACCAAAGAUGAAGAAAACGGCCGGAGUUCCAGUAAAGAAAAAACGCAAUAGAAAUGAAGUAGUUAUGGAUCUCAAAGAUAUGGUUGUUCAAAAAAGAAUGGCUAGUUUGAACGCUACGGCUAUUUUGGCUGCCAGUUACGAAAAGCGUUCUCCAAAGUCUAGCAAAGACGACACUACUUCAGACUCGUGUAGCGACGAAUCUUAUCUCUCGCAGAAGCCAAAAAACUUGAUAAGUUCCGGCGUGAAGUCGGAAUCAAAAAACGAUGAGACUGAAAAAGAAAGUGACGAUACUCAAAUGCCGGACAAAAAGCAGAAAGUUGAGGUGAUCGUAAAUCAAGAUACUGAUGUUACAAUAACUGGGGUGUACGCCACACACCAUCAUGAAGGGUUCUGUACCGUAUCAGGAAUGCAAUAUCGCAUUUCAUCAACUAGCCAUACACAAACUACAGCAACGGCUAAUUGCGAAAAGGAGGGUUGCUCGCGGGAUGAUGGAUCUCGUUACACCCCCCUGUCGGCACUAUCGUCGAUGCAGCCUCCCGAACAUGCGCAAACACAUUCUCAACCAGUGCCGGAGCUAGGAGGGCUGGGUCGUCGCGCCGGGUGCUCCAGUGCUUUUUCCGCCCCGUCUCCCGCAGCUCAUCAUGAUCCAGGAUACUAUCAGCCGGCGGGUCCGCUGAUAAAAGAGAGCGGCGCAGACGCAGAGCGAGCGCUUGCGAGAUACCACCCGCCGCACUACCAUGCCCCGCACCCCCCUGUGCUGCAACAGUAUGGGCCGUAUUACCCCGCGGAGCUGUGCUACGGGCGGUACUACAGACCGCCUGGACCCUACCACAUCUCGCCGCCGCAGCCUGAUGCACAGAUGGUAGGCGUAGGAAGCGAGCCGUACCCACCUCAGUACUACGGCACGCCGCCAUGUUACCAACAUUCCCCGCAGAGGAUACCAUACGUAGAAUACCGAGGAUGCCCGUGCCCAUUAAACGCGUGUCCAAAAAACGUCCUUAUUGGGCCCGCUACUGGUAAAGCCCCCACCGGUGGCGGCCCCGCGGACGUUUCCUCGACCCUCGCGCCGCCCGGGGGCGCCUUCCGACCGAAGGUGCGGGCGGGCGCGCAAGACUCCGCCGCCGACAACCACGGCAGCGGCAAGGAUCCUCCGUUAGAGCCGGAGCCGCCAGAGCCACCGAUGGCAGCGGAUGCGCCACACCCCUGCCCGUUGCCCGCUAUCGGCGGAGCGUCACCUAAGCGCGAAAUGUACGACGUGCGGGAAAACCUUCGUCUGACCGCUGACGUUCCUGGACCGACCGAAGCCCUGGGCCCGCCCUCGCCGGCGCGGGGCGCCUGCGCGCCGCAACCGCCGCCCUCGGCUCCGCGACGAGCCCGCCUCGGCAAAGCGAUGGCUAGGCGGUCGUUGGCAGGCGACGACACCGCCCUCCUCAUAUCUACCCCACAAUCAACUACCAUCAACCAAGAUGCAGACGACGACGUUCUCGCUAUCUCACCACCCCUCUGCGCGCCAAUUGAUCUCUCUUCGUCGGAUGAACGGUCGACGCCUCUGGUUGAUGUAAAAAAAGAAAACGAGGGACCCACGUAUGCAUCGUCAAGAAAACCAGAUGCACAAGCUCUCAAAGAGCACAACAGUACGACGACUUUGAUUGAUCUCUUGGAUCCUACGGACGCCGCGAAGGCCGUCAAACGAAGGUAUUCGAAACCUAAAUUAGAAAUAGAAAUGAAAGACGUCCAACUGGAGGACGCUUGUAAAACGAACGGUAUCGGGGAACACGUUAAGCUUCAAAAGCGACGAAAAGUUUCCGGUGAUCACACAACCGUACCGCGAAUUGAAACAAUUACAAAAGAACCGAAGAAAAAGUCGCCGUACAAAAGAUCACAGAAAUCUUUAGCCGUAGACAAAAAAGCUUGUAAGAGAAAAUCCGAUACAAUUAAUACUGAGCCGAAAAUUAAGAAAGUAAUAACUGAUAAAAUCCUCAAUGAAGAUCCGCGGCUCACCAAUGUAGCGGCAGUACCUAAUGAUGAUCUUUCUCUAAAACCCAAAAAUAAAAGUGCUUUAUUACUCGACAAUCUUAUUAAGAAAAACAGUAUUGACAGGCCCGAUGCAAAAACAUACACAUCAGACACAAAGCUAAAUCCAGCUGAACUUUUCUUAUCUCCAAACGAAAGUCCGCAAAAUUGUACAAAGAAAACUCUAAAUAUAAAUAAUAAUAUAGUAGACAAUAAUGUUCCUGUAAAUGGCGUACAACCGAAAACCAUUGCAGCAGUCAGUCAACUUAAGAAACUAGCUAAUAAGAAUGUAUGCAAAAUAGAAAAGGUUGAUUCCAAGAUCACACAUAACCUCAAGUCAGUAUUAUCAUCUCCCACCGAAGCUUUGAACGUCAAGGAGGUCCUUCAUACGCCGUUUAUAAAUGGUGAGACAAAUGUUGGAAAAAAUAAUUUAAAAAAUUCUGUUGAAGAUGAAAAACCUAAAAUAAUAGAUAUUAAAGAAAAGAGCGAACAGAAAGACAUUAGCAGUAUUCCAGUUGACGCUAUUAAAACAAUCAAACCUUCAAAAACUAAAACGUUACCGAAUCAAUUGGAAACAAUUCCAAAGUCUAUUAUUACUGAAAAUGUUGAUGAAUCUCAAACGGCCUUAUCUAAUGAAAGUAAUGUGAAACAUUCAGCAAAAACUUGCGAAAAAUUAGAUGAUUUAAAUAAAUCAUUACCAAAACGGAGUAAAGUAUAUACAGACAAACGAAAUGGGGAGUUUAAGAGCAAGAAUGUCGAGAACUUAGUCAAGUUGCUAACUUCGAAAAAGCUAGCUUCGAAAGCGACGGAACUUUCGGCGCCAGUUGAAAAGAAAGACGUCGAAAUUACUAAAACAAAAGAAAUCGUUACACCGAAACGCUGUAAAUUAACGGGAGAUAAAGCGAGCGGGGAAUCUAAAACUAAAAAUGUUGAGAAGGUGGUCAAACUACUCGUAUCGAAAAAGACAGCCAUAAAAACUGACGAAGCGUCGUUGGUUGUAGAAGACGCUUGUUCGUCACCAGUUCCCAGUUUGAGGAAAGGUCGAAGAAGACGCAGCGGCGGUCGACGCGUGCGGCGAGUGGCGGCUCCUUUGACACCGCCUGACCUACAGCCGCGAGUUCAGCCCAAAUGGAGCAACGGAUGGAAUUGGGACGGCGAAGACUACAUAUCUAAAGUUUACCAAAACAACGAUACCCGGUUCGACCGCACGGCUCGCUGCUGGCCGCGCAUGACGCACGAGAGCGGCGACCGCGUGUCGCGCGGCGACUGCGUGCUGUUGCGCGCGUCGCUCAAGCCGACCAACGAGGCGCAGCCCUACGUCGCCAGGAUAGCUAGCCUGUGGGAGGACCCCGAGAACGGUGAAAUGAUGGUGUCCCUGGUGUGGUACUACCGGCCGGAGCACACGGAGCGCGGGCGGCAGGCGGCCGACGCGCCGGACGAGGUGUUCGCCUCGCGCCACCGCGACGCCAACUCCGUCGCCUGCAUCGAGGACAAGUGCUACGUGCUCACCUUCAACGAGUACUGCAGAUACAAGAAGCGACUUAAGGCUGCCGAAGAGGGCAUCGUUAUAGGGCCUUCGAUAGUGCCCCCUUUGCCCGCCAGCGAAGUGACCCCCGCGCUCGCGCCCAACGACACCAAGCUACCACCCUCGGUGUCCCCCGAAUUGGUCCUCUUCUGCAGGAAGAUAUACGACUUCAGGUCUAAAAAAAUCCACGUGCCCAACAAAUGAACUAGCCGCUGGAACGUUUGGAUGUCGAUUUUACAUUUAUGUCGGGCGCGAUGGACCUCGAGAAUUUUUGUAAGUAUUUUUGUCUACUUAGGAGUCAAACACCAAAGCUUGAACAUAAGUCUACCGUCGGUGACACUUCCCGAGGGUUGUUCGCCACUCGUCGGAUAUGAGAAAUGUAUACUUUUCAUCGUAGUGUCUCGUCAAACCCUAUAUUAGUACAAAGCCCGAUUCCAGUAGAUGAGUGUGGCCAUUUUCUUUUUUGGAUAAUCGCCGAUCUGUCGUUCUGUUGCUUGUAUCGUAUUGUAUCGUAGUGAUGUUCGUUGUAUAUUAUAUUUGAGUUGCGGAUUUUGUGACGUUCGAUGGUGGUGAUGAACUUUGACAAUGGAUGCCUUUUUAUAAAAUAUAAGUAGCUGUAAGUGAAUCAUGAAUGCAUAAUUAUUGUGAAUAGCGAUGUUUAUUUUUUUUUUUUUGCUUCGGGAUCGAUGACCUAGAUAUGUAUUCACUUGUUUAUGUAUCGUAGAGGCGUUGAGUUCGUGUGCGAUUCGCCCCGUCUUAGAAUCGGUCGAAUCGGUCUAACAUUAAGUUAUGUUUGGCGGAACGGAAAAGGCAUUUAUACUAUUAAAAUUAAUUUUAAUUUACUGUUACAUUGUUAUCUACGUAGAGUCUAUAAUAAAUUAUUAUUUUAUUACAACAAUGCAAGUGCGCCAUGUUUUAUUGUAUUUGCGAUUUGGGUAAUUCGCUUUCGUAUUUUAGGUAAAAAUUUCUUGUAACAAUUACUGUAAAAGAGUAAUGGAAAAAUAAUACAAGAUAAUAUACAAGUCAUGUUAAAGGUACAUCUCAAUAGUACCUUCAAAAUUAUUAUACAAAUUUAUGACUUACAAUCUUUAGACCAUGUUUAUACGUAAAUAUACUAUUUUUUCUUGAUUUGGUAAGCAUGUAGUAUUCUACAGAAUGCUUAAACGUUUUAUUUACUAUCCAGUAAAUGAUCUACCUACAGCAUAUGAAAUCGAAAACUUAUUACUUUUUAAUAUUUUAGUUAAAUCAAUCAAUUAUCUACUGAAAAAUAUCUUCUCUGCAUUUGAGGAAUUGAUUUUUACUUAUACUGUCUUUUGUCUAUAAAGACUGAUUUCGCAAGAGCGGGACACAUGUUUUUUACGAAAAAAAAAAUUAUAUUAACUUCGAAAACUGCAACUUGCGAAGCGUUUUUUUAUUUAUAGUGUCAGCCAAUAUUUUACACUUAAAAAUAACAAGUGGGAUCAUUGUAACAUAUUUUAAAUAUAAUAUUAGUGCAUAGAAUAUGUAAAACAAAAAAAAAUGUGUCGUGCAUAAAGAGAUAUAUUGUAUGACUAUUAAUAGUAAAAUCUCUUUAUCAUUAGAAUUUGUCUGAAUCUGGAACUCAAAAGAAGUCAUUUGUUAUUGGACGUGAAACGUACCAUGCAGUUCGCAUCAAAUAAAAACUUCGCUGCUCUUCAGGGUUAUUAUGUGUCUCGGUGUAUCAUUCAAAUAUGUCACUAUAUCGUUUUUAUCGUAUUUUCUUCUAAGUGAUCGUCUAAGAUAGUUGUUUCAUCGAAAUGACCUUUACUACGUAAUUUUACAUCAAGUGUCAGUGAUUCUGUUUUUACGAUCAUCUAACGUGAUUAUUUCAACGAAACUAGCAGUUUUACGUCAAAAAAAAGGUUACUUCUUGCUACUAACAGUACUUUACUAAUGCCAAUUUACAUAAAAUAACGAUAAUUAUUUCAUUUCGUUGAAACACUAUGUUAGAUGAUUGCAAAUACCUAAAUAUGAUGUUUGAAAACGAUAUAAUGAUUCAUUAUUUGAAUAGUACACCAAGAUACAUAAUAGGCUCACUGAUGUUAAUGUUAGUGCAAAUAUUUUUUUUUUACUGGCUUAACGGGUAUGGGUUCUAGUCUUCUUAAGCCUUACAGUAUAAAACUUUAAUAUACAGGUCGUGUGGAAUAACUUGUCACCUGGCUCGUAUGAUGUGUGUACUGUAUUUGUAUGGAUGUGUUUGGUAGCCAGGUAUCAAGUUAAUGCGCACGGGUUAUAUGUAGUUUCAGUCAUGGGGCCUGACUAAAAUCACAUACAAAAUUGUCUGUCGCUUUUUGAGAGGGAUGAGGUAAACUCACACAUCAAAAAUAUUUAACUCCAAUAAAUAUACCUAUCCUGUGUCCUUACCUACACUACACACAACUAUCAAUUUUAAAUAGUAAUACACACAGUGGUGGCACAAGGUUUUUAACUAGGGUAUGCAUUAUACUUGGAAGUUGUGAAAAAUGGCAUAUUCCUUCUCCAAUACAUGUUCGUAAUGAGCUUACAGGGUAGGCAGUGCGUUUUUACAUCGAUGACGUGCACUGAAUACAUACACAUGCAAUUUUAACACAAUGAAACAUCGAUUCUAUAGACGCAGUUUGUAUGAACACGUUUGAUCAUGAUCAUAGAGUUUUGACAGAGGGGUAACCUCUAGCGAGGCAGGUUCUUGAGGUAAUUGUUCUGAGAGUUUAGGCCAUUAGACUAUUGCCAUACCCACUACUAAAACGCAUGUGUUACUCGAAAAGCUUUUUCUACCUAUUCGAAUAGGAAGAGGAAUAUUUGUAUUAUUUUAAAAAAAGAAUUUUGGAGCGGCAAAAUUAUUUGAUACAAACUGCCAAUAUUCAAAUCAUGAAAUAUCUACAACAAUAAAAAAUAUAUACUGGUCAACAAUCGUGUGAACGUGGAUUAUUGUAAUUCGUUUGCAUUGUUUCCAUAAUUUAUGUGUAGACCUGUAAUUUAGAUUGUAUAAUUAGUGAUUUGUGAACUUCUCGUGCAGAAUAUUUUAAUGGGCAUUUGAAGUUUGAACCUCAGUCAGUGUGUAGGACGUAUUGCUGAGUUUCUUGAGUAUUACACAAUAUACCAUGAAAAAUCUGUUAUCGGCAUUAUAUUGUAUAAUAUA